UAGUUUAGUCACUUGAGUCACUUUAGCCAUGCGUAUCCGCCAAAGAUGGAAAACGCAUCCGUAGUAGACUCCAGAUCACAGAAUAGAAUUCCUUCUUCGCAACGCAACGCGUCCUCGGGGCUCCACCCUCUCCUCCCUCUCCACCUUCUCCGCCCAGCUUCGUAACCAUCGGUCUUCGGAGUACUGUAACGCAGCAGUUAACAGCUCUGAGUAAGCACAUAAUGGCUAUUACGACCACCGACUGUCCAGACCUGAAGCUCCUUGCUCGAGGCAAGGUUCGGGACCUGUACGAUGUCGACGAGAACACGCUUCUGUUCGUUGCGACCGAUCGCAUUAGUGCGUUCGAUGUUGUCAUGAAGAAUGGUAUCACCUGCAAAGGGAAAAUCCUCACCCAGAUCAGCGAGUUCUGGUUCGACUACCUGAAGGACGUUGUUCCCCACCAUCUCGUCACUUGCGACGUGGACAAGAUGCCUGCUGCGGUGCAGAAAUACAGAUCGCAGAUCGACGGACGAGCGAUGCUGGUGAAGAAGCUCAAAAUCCUACCUGUCGAGGCGAUCGUGAGGGGUUACAUCAGCGGGUCGGCUUGGGUUGAGUACAAGAAGAAAGGCACGAUGUGCGAUAUCCCUUUGCCCGAAGGUUUGCGGGAAUCGGAAGAGUUCCCGGAAGCAGUGUUCACGCCCAGCACAAAGGCUGAGCUGGGAGAGCACGAUGAGAAUAUCCACCCGGAUAAGCUUCCCGGGAUGAUCGGCGAAAAGCUCGCAAAAGAGCUCGCGGAAACAGCCAUCAAACUUUACACAAAGGCACGGAAUUACGCCCGUGAGCGCGGCAUCAUUAUCGCCGAUACCAAAUUUGAGUUUGGCGUCGACACCGAUGGAACCCUGGUCCUUGCGGACGAGGUCUUGACCCCAGAUUCAUCACGCUUCUGGCCUGCGGACAAAUACACUGUCGGCCAAGGACAACCUAGCUACGACAAACAAUACCUCCGCGACUAUCUCACCUCCAUCAACUUUGACAAAGCGACCGGCGUGGAGUUGCCGGCGACCGUCGUCGACAACACGAUCAGCAAGUACGUCGAGGCCUUCACGAUCUUGACCGGCAAGGCGCCCCGAUUGUGAGUUGAGUGGGGUUUGAGUGAGAGAGAUAUCCGCGCGUUCUGGGAGGGGUGGGAAAGUUGUGCGUAAAGGUGGUCGGGUUAGGUAGAGGAAAAAUUUGCGGAGAGAAAGGGAUGUAGCUACUGUAACUGGAUUUUGUGGGGACAUUUUGCAGGUUCUGGAAUAUGUCUUUCUGCGUAAGAAUAGAUUCGCAUAGAUACGAAUACCAGGCGACUACGUCGCUCGACUCCACGAAGCUGUGCGAGACAUUUGUCUGAUAGUCGAGCGUUCGUUCCCCCUUAGUCAAACGGUUGAUAUAGCGUUCGCUGGAAAUACAUCCACGUGAGUAAAGCGUCCAGACAGCGGCGAGGAGCAGUGAUCGUGCGCAUCACAGGUAGGCGCAUGGAAAGAAGCAGCUCAGCGA